AUGGAAUCCCAUUUAGGGCAUAUAGAGAUCACUCUCAAGACUCUACAACAACACACACUAUUUUCCAAACUUAGUAAAUGUACCUUUGGACAAUCUAAAGUGGAGUAUCUUGGACAUAUCAUCACUGGAGAAGGAGUCACAGAUGACCCAGCCAAGAUUGCAUGUAUGCUCAAACGUCGAGUACCCACCAAUUUGAAGGAACUUAGAGGAUUCCUAGGCCUUACUGGAUACUAUAGAAAAUUUGUUCAAGGGUAUGCAAUUAUAUGUAGGCCUCUGACAGAAUUGCUAAUGAAGGAUAACUUCCAUUGGAAUGCUGCUGCUCAGACUGCAUUUGAAGCCCUCAAGCAAGUUGUCACCACAACCCCAGUGCUAGUACUGCAUGAUUCCACUCUACCAUUUGAAGUAGAGACUGAUGCAUGUGAUACAGGAGUAGGAGCAGUCUUAAUGCAGAACAAGAGGCCAAUUGCGUACUUCAGCAAAGGCAUGGGUACAAGGUUCCUUUCAAUGUCCACCUAUGAGAAGGAGAUACUUGCUAUAGUGAUGGCAAUUACAAAAUAG